AUGGAUGGUUCUGGAACAGAUCUAGAUAGAAUUGAGGCACAAAGGCCAACGGAUGUGUCUCACGCCAGUCCACCUACGGGAGACACCGAAUCUGUGCCAGAGUACCUUACUAACCUUAGAGUGUCGGAUUUUUUCGCUCUCCCUGGUGAAGAUGUCCAGAUGUCUCCGAAGAUUUUCAGUGGAAUGUGUGAAGGGAAGAAAGAAUGUCUGGAGAAGUUUAGAAGCCAAGGAACGCCAAUGGCACGUCUCAAGAGCAAUACAGGAGAUUCAAUUCUUCAUCUUGCUGCUACAUGGGGUCAUCUAAAACUAGUGAAGGCGAUUAUCCCUACAUAUCCGUGCCUUCUAUUGGAGCAAAACUCGAGCGAUCAGACACCACUUCAUUUGGCGGCUCAUGGCGGUCAUACAUGUGUUGUUGAGACGAUAACAUUUGCUUCAGCUAGACUGUGUACUGAAGAAAGUCAGAGACUGAGACUGAAUCCGUAUGUUCUCAAGGACAAAGAUGGAAAUACUGCUUUGUACUACGCCAUUGAAGGACGCUAUAAGGAGAUGGCUACCUGUCUGGUGAACGCCAACCAGGAUGCUCCUUUUCUUGCAAAUAACGAGGGAAUAUCUUCCUUGUAUGAAGCAGUAUCCAUUGUGAAAGCAAUUUUGAAAACCAUAGGCAACAAGGACGUUGAAGUGAGGAGGUAUAACUUAGAUUCGAAAUUGCAAGGGAACAAAUAUCUUGCACAUGUUGCUUUGCAUGCCAAGAGUAUAGGUGUCCUUGAUGUUAUUCUUGACGAAUAUCCAAGUCUUAUGGACGUGCGAGAUAAAGAUGGUAGGACUUGUCUUUCACUAGGAGCAUAUAUAGGGUAUUGUGAAGGAGUAUGCAACCUUUUAAAUCGAUCAAAAAAGGGAGUUUAUGUCUGCGACCAAGAUGGUUCCUUUCCAAUUCAUACGGCUGCAGAGAAAGGUCAUGAAAAAAUUGUUAAAAAGUUUAUAAAAAGCUGUUCAGAUUCAAUAUACCUGCUCAACAAACUUGGUCAGAAUGUUCUCCACGUGGCAGCAAAAAAUGGGGAAUCUUCUACUGCAAAUUCGUUGAUGAGUGAAAAAGAUACGAAACAUCUGGGUGUUGGGCAAGAUGUGGACGGGAAUACACCUUUGCACCUUGCCGUCUUGAAACCCAACUACAUCUUUCAAGAGAGGUGGACAUUGGCGCUCUUAUUAUACGCUAUUGACAAAACGGGUUUCGAAUCUCUUAGUUCAUUAACGAGACCGGCAGUGCCGCCACUGGACCCUAAGAAUAACAGAGAUUACAUCAACACUCUUCUCCUGGUUGCGACUCUUGUAGCCACAAUGACGUUUGCUGCAGGUUUUACAAUACCAGGUAUUCUUAUUUGGGCGCAGUCGGGUGAUCCAAAACUAAUCCGUUCAUCCUUACAUGUGGCAUUGCCUUACUGCUUAUUGCUCUACUCUGCAUGCCCUUGGCAUUCCUUUUUGGUGUGGUUGUUGGGGAAACGACACACGAUUACGCAGCGGACUAAAGUUUCACCCGAACUAAUGUGAACCUUGUGAGGAAAAAUACAAUGGACUUGGCA